CCCCGUCACAACACACCUUGUAAUACACAAGAAAUGUGUUGAUUUAAUAGCAUCCGCUGUGGCUUUCUCGUGCACCGAGAACUAUUUACGAUGUUCAUGUCAUUGACCUUUUAAUCUGUAUGUGUUUCCAUCUGUGAGAUGUUGAGCUGCUUUAUCCCCGUGGCAAACCCUGCAGUGCGCUCCAUCCGAUCCAAGAUGGCUACUGGGGAGAGCAGCAAUAACAGAGCACCAUCUUUUGCUUUCCCCUCACCUGGGCCGCCCGGUAACGCUCAGCCUAGCAAUAGCGCUCAGCAGCUGCCAGCUACAAACGAAGGGGCAGCGGGGGCUACCGGGGCCCAAAGGACAGGGAGUCACGCCAACCCCCAGCCGGGCCCCGGUCGCGGCUCUGGCGCCGACGUGAGAUUAGAGGCUUCCACGGACAGACAGCACGCCGCCCUGCAGUCAGUGGGUCAGAGCACCGUGGCAGCCGGAGCAGUCACCGCCGCCUCAUCCGCUGCGACAAACAUGCCAGCAGCAUCCGCGGCAGCCUCUGCAGACCCUCCGAGCACCCCGUCCUCCUCCUCGCUCCCUGACAGCCCGUCGUCCGCAGCCGUACUGGUGUACCGAGAGCCAGUGUACAAUUGGCAGGCCACCAAAAACACCGUAAAAGAAAGAUUUGCAUUUCUCUUCAACAAUGAAGUGCUAAGUGACGUGCAUUUUCUGGUAGGGAAGGGAAUGGGAGUGCAGCGGAUACCGGCUCAUAGGUUUGCCCUUGCAGUUGGAAGUGCAGUGUUUGAUGCAAUGUUCAAUGGCGGUAUGGCCACCACCUCUACUGAGAUUGAGCUGCCUGACGUGGAGCCUGCUGCCUUUCUUGCUCUGCUCAAGUUUUUAUACUCAGAUGAGGUACAGAUUGGUCCCGAGACAGUGAUGACCACUCUGUACACAGCCAAGAAGUAUGCCGUUCCAGCCUUGGAGGCUCACUGUGUUGAGUUCCUCAAAAAGAACCUAAGGGCUGACAACGCCUUCAUGCUCCUCACUCAGGCUCGGCUAUUUGAUGAGCCCCAACUGGCCAGCCUUUGCCUUGAGAACAUCGACAAGAACACAAUUGAUGCUCUGUCUGCAGAGGGCUUCACUGAUAUUGACCUGGACACACUGAUUGCCGUGCUGGAGAGGGACACGUUGGGGGUGCGAGAGGUUCGUCUGUUUGGGGCAGCGGUGCGUUGGGCAGAGGCAGAAGCUCAGAGGCAGCAGCUGGAGCCCACUCCAGAGAACAAACGCAAGGUUUUAGGAAAAGCGCUGUCCCUCAUCCGCUUCCCUCUCAUGACCAUUGAGGAGUUUGCUGCAGGCCCGGCACAGUCUGGUAUCCUCACUGACCGGGAGGUGGUGAGCUUGUUCCUCCACUUCACAGUUAAUCCCAAGCCGCAUGUGGAAUUCAUUGACCGGCCUCGCUGUUGCCUCAGGGGCAAAGAGUGCAGCAUCAUACGUUUCGGCCAGGUGGAGAGCCGCUGGGGCUACAGUGGGACCAGCGACCGCAUCCGGUUUUCAGUAAACCGCAGGAUAUUUGUGGUGGGAUUUGGACUAUAUGGCUCAAUACAUGGCCCCACAGAUUACCAAGUCAACAUACAGAUCAUUCAUACAGACAGCAACACAGUACUAGGUCAGAAUGAUACUGGCUUCAGCUGUGACGGCUCUGCCAACACAUUCCGGGUCAUGUUCAAAGAGCCAGUGGAAAUUCUGCCAAGUGUCAACUACAUCGCCUGUGCCACCCUCAAGGGCCCAGAUUCUCACUACGGCACCAAAGGAAUGCGAAAAGUGACCCAUGAAGGCCCUGCCACUGGCACCAAGACUUGCUUUACCUUCUGCUAUGCUGCAGGGAACAACAAUGGCACUUCAGUAGAAGAUGGACAGAUUCCAGAGGUCAUCUUCUACACAUAAUGACUUAUGAUACCUCUUGAACACAAAAUUAGGAACUGUGAAUGUGGCAUAUUUCCUCCAUUAUUAUACUUAUCACUGCUGAAAUGUAUGAUAUAGGUAAGCUCAAACAUUUGGCUUUGAGAAAGGUUCAUCCUUCUAACGGGCUGUUUAUUGAAAACAAAAAAAAUUGAGUUUGUAUUUCAUUAUAUCACAGUAGACCUCUGCUGAAGACAUCCAUGAGCUCCACCUCUGCAAGUUCAACAGGGUUGGAUUCUUUACAGUAAAAAGGGUCUGUCCAUUAGCCAUAGGGAAGUCAUUCCUACCACAUCUUUGGAGUUGCCCAUUAGUCUCUCUUAGUCUGCGUAACUGGAUGGUAAUGCCAUGAAUGAUAAUUGAUAUGGAGGCUAUGUUCGCUCCUAAUCCCUCCCUCCUCCAUGUAAAUAAAACUGCACAUACAAUGCAAACAUACAGGGCAUUUUGCAGCAGUGACAUAGGACACCGCUGGAUCAUACUUUAGCACUGAUAACCUUUUGUCCAUCAUACCAUUCCUGAUUGUAGUGGCACUGAAGCACUUUGACAGGAGGCAGUAAUUAUGACAAGGACCCAGAUGAGGAUAUUACUAUACCAUCAGAUAAUGUUAGGACAGAGCAAAUGUUAGACUGACAAAUGAAAGGCCACCUGCCCCAUGUAUAAAACCUUAUCUAGUAGAACUUUGAUGGCUCAUGUACCAAGAAAAAUUUGCUUACUUCUAACGAGUUGUCUCUAAAAUUGUGCUGACUGGUGUGUAUACUGGUGAAACACUCUUUGACAUUUUAGUUAUGGAGAUGCAUAUUUCAGGAGAUUGUGCAUUGUAAGCUAAACUGAAAAUUUAAUUGCCCUGUACACCAAUUGUCUAAACCCCCUCCAAAAAUGUGAUUUACUCACAUUUCUCUUAACAAAGGCCAUCUGAAACUCAACAUACAGGCAUCACCGAAAUGUUUUCCUGAACAUAUUUAUUAAGAGUGCAACUGCAGACACAGCUCUGCAUCUAGAGACUGAAUGUGCUUAGUCAUUAUUUGUAGUCAAAUGGGUUAUGAUAACAGAGUCUGGUUGAAAUUUGUAAGAUCAAGUUUUAACUUUGAAUGUAUUUUUAGUGGAAUUACAUUUGCAUGCUUGCCAAAUUUAACUUGAGUGUCUACAGAUUUAACAUCAGAGAAAAAUGGUAUUGUGCAACCUCUGAACAGGUUAAGACCACAGGAAAGUCAAAGUGCAAAAUGACUUCUAUGAAAUCCAACCUCAUACUUGUCUCAUGUACAUUGUGAAUAAAGGUUGGAGAGCGCCU